AUGUCUCCUACACAGAUGCCAGGGUUUGCGUCGGCGUCAAGCUGGCGCGGUCGCCUUAUGCCGCGAAGACAGAGUCAGGAUAAACAAGCUGGCCCCAAGGAGAUUAGUCGAUGGUCGAAAACCACCACGGAGUCAGAACUGUCUGAAGCCCGGCUAGCACCGGUCUCGAAGAGGAGGAGCUUCCUUAAGAAGAAACAGAAUCAGAAAGAGAAUUCCAAAGAAGUCGACAACAACAGUCCGACAGACCCUUUCUACGACCCUGUCACGAAGCAACUCCAACCCUAUGGAGGAGACAUCCCUCGCAUCACUGCCAGUCGACCAGACGCCACAGGGGAGCCUCAAACAUUCCUUGAUGAUGCAUCAGACAAUGGGACCAUGGACAGCCCAACGAGCCCUGUCAUCCAGCGAGCCAGCAGUGUCCGAGUGAGCAGGCCUCAAGUCAUUCAGCACAGUAACAGCUCGACUCCAUCAGUGCCAAAACUGUGUCCUCCACAGAAAACCCCUUCUUCGGUGCACGACACGUCAUCUUUGUCAAAGCCUCCACAAACUCUAGGUGAAGAUCUGAGCAACCGUUCAACACCAACGGUGGAGAGACAUGACAACGAUAAUGCCCCGGGUGGACCGAUCGACGCCCUGAGAGCACUAGAAGGCAACGACAACAACCAGACAGAUGGCGACAUCACUGCCUUGCCACAGAUACCCGCCCAAGGCAGCCUCGAGCCCCGCGAGUCGUUGAGAGAAACCAUCGUCUCAUGGCCCGACACCCCAUCUCGACUUGAAGCACUCGACACGAUGCCCACGCCGAUGGGUGGAUUCGGGUCCAUGCGCAUCCUUCGCGCUUCAAACGGCACUUUUUCGACAGAUAGCGCAGCUACUUAUGUGUCGCCCUCGUCCAUUAUAACCGACGGCCUACGUUCCAACCCUCCCACUGAGACGGACAAGAAGCUCUCCCGUGCCAUUUCCGCCCCUGUGCGUAGUUCCCGACGCGUGAUGAUCCGUCCCGCAGACUUGGUCAUCAACAAAGGGGGCCACGAUCAUAAGCUGUUCCGGGAGAAUAUCGUCAGCACGCCCUACCCGGCAAGAAAAAGUAGCCACGUGGAGAUUGAUGGCAUACUUGGGGUCUCAGCUUCGCAUUCUCCGCAAAAGGAGGGAAACAAUGGCAAGAAGACGUCGAAGCUGAGGCGAUCGAGGCCUCUGUCGCAUACUGCUGAAAGAUCCGAACCGGACGACGAGACGGCUGAUAUUGCGGAUCCCUUUGAUACGAGCUCCGCGAACGAGAAAGCGCCAAAGAUCCCCUUUUCCACUAAACCCACACCCCUACUAAGCGCGACAGCACCCGUGACUGCCCAAUCCGACCGCUUCCCCUCGCCCUCUGCGCCAGAGACCGUCUUCGUGGAGCUCCGACUCGCUCGCCACCCUUCCGCGCGCGUGACCGUAGAGAUCGAGGUGACGGACAAAGCGACCUUUGACGACGAACAACUCUUCACCGUCCUGCGAGAGCACUACAUCAACAAACUUCUGGGGAAAGCACGAUGGUGGUUCUGCGCCAGAACCAUCGAGGAUGCGAGCCUGGCCUGGGGCAGAGACCUAGAGGAUUCCGCAACGUUGAGCUCUAACUCUCCAAGAACGUCCGGACUCUGGCACACCCACCACAACGCCGCCAGCAGUGGCACGAAUCGGGACUUUGAUCCCGCCGACUUCGUCCGCCAUCUCCGCACACCGCGCCUUGGCCGCCGGCGAAAGGUGUGGCUUCUCUGGCUCCGCAACGCCCAACAGCACGGAUACACCGCUGGGACGGGAUCGAGUCGAGGUCGUCGAUCCUAUCUUCCCGCGACGGUGGGCGUCGGUUUCAGCAAUAGUCCAAGCACUAGUACGGGCAACAGCACCAACACCAACCACAGCCCGCAGGACGAAAAUUCGUCCACAAGCCCGGUCUUUUCGUUCACGCACUCGCGCCAGAACAGCGCGGCGAACCAAGCCCAGCUUCAGCCGCAGCACCUCCACAUCCACCUCGACCAAGUGGCACAGGCAGACAAGUCGCCGACGCAGGAAUACCGCGGCGUGGUGUCGAAACAGCCGAGCCUCUCCCUAGGUCGGAUGCCGUUUAGUCCACCUGACACCCGCUGGCAAUCCCACCCGCAAACUCCCUCCUUCCCAACGUCAUUCAACCGCUCGAGAACCCUUGCCAUGUCGUCUUCCUAUCGACCAUCUGCAUACUCACCGGCAUACCCACAUCAUCCUGAAAGUCACCUGGUGGCCUCCUCCCCACCAUCAAUCUCCCUGCACCACAGAAUUUCGGUCAAGGCCACCGCGCUCUUCAUGUGCCUCGUGCUCUUCCUCGCCCUCCUCACGACCAUCCUCUGGAUCCUCUUCGGCUACCCCGGCCGGAGCGCCACGCAGGGCAACGGCACGACGAUGGUCGCGGGCGAGGAGUUUGAUGUCCCCUGGCGGAGGGACGCUCAGGCGCGCGUUGGCGUCGGGUUGGUCAUGGGAGUCAUGGUCGUGCUUGUGGGCGCGGUGCUUGAGGGCGGGUGGGUCUGGGCGAGUUGGGUGCUUGUGUAG